CCAUUUUGUUCUGAGCUGCUCCGCCAGCGCAUUCUUCAGCAAACCGGAAUAACGUAGAGCUGACAGUUCGAACCACAGACACCGCGUCAGACAGGGGUUUUACAGCUACACCACCCCUCAUUCAGUCCCGAACAGCUCGACGUCUCUCGGUCUCACCGUAGGCGGAACCGUGUCGUAUUCGCGGAUUAAGGGAGACUUUAAGCGGGACGGAAGGGAAGAGAAUCAGGCAUCCGGUUAAAGACGCGCUGGCUCACCGAGCUGGAGUCCAACUUGAGCCGGACACUUUCAGCUGUCCGCGUCGGGAUGCGUGCUGGACUUGUUUUUAACAAUAUUUACCAGUCUUUUUGAAGAUUUUGUGUCAUCUAGAAAUAGCUUAGGCUCUCACGGGAUUGUUUUUUUUGUUACUAGGGUCUAAUAUAAGGUAACUGGAGCACUAGUUCAAGUUCAGAUGUGAUAUAUCUACUCAGCUGGCUGGGCAGAUAGUUUAGGUUGUCGAUUAGAUAAGUCGCCUAAAUAAUACUUUGGUUUAUUUACCGGUAUAGUUGCAAUGUUUUGAGUUGAUUCAGCUUUCUUAAAGUCUCUCGUAGGAUUUGGUUUAUAUGUCUAUGCAUAUUUCUCGCAAGGAAACCUGUCGGAGUUACUGACUGGUUAGGUCUCGGUGCCAAUAUACCACAGAACAGAUUUGCCUAUCUAAUCUCAAACUAGUCUGCUGUGCUUCUCAUAUCCACUUUGUUUUCUUUUACAAGGUCUGUAUUGGUGAGGCUCAAGCUGGCUGACAGGUGAUAUUUUCUGCCUGAAUCCUCUGAGCUGGCCUCACUGAUAGCUAUGACAUUUUCCAACAGUUGUUUUGUAUCUUCAGACUUCAAUAUUACAAGUAUCUGCUCAUGGUGCCAACGCUGUAGGAGUAAUUUUAGCUAACAAAAGCUCAGAUCGCCCCUCCAUAUCAGUCACGGCUUAUCUAGUUGUGACAGUUUUACUAGUUAGGUCACGUUUUCCCUUCAUUUUUUGCUACAAGUGUAUGAAUUAGUGCCAGUUGACUUUGUGGCUGGUCCGAAACUUACCAAACUCAUCAGUUUGUAUCAAGUGUAUUUUUUGUAAAAUCGUCAACUAGAUCUUAGUGGAAAAUACACCUUUGCGGCCAAACCAGGUCAAGUGUAGUUGUCAUUUUUCGUAUCUCAAGAGUUGAAUAACAAUGUCAGGACAGUCCAUCACAGACCGCAUCGCCGCGGCCCAGCACAGCAUGACUGGAUCAGCCAUCAGCAAAGCCGUCUGCAAGGCCACAACGCAUGAAGUCAGUGGACCCAAAAAGAAACACCUCGAUUACUUGAUCCACUGCACCAAUGAGAUGAAUGUGAACGUGCCGCAGCUGGCUGACAGUAUGUUUGAAAGAACCACCAACAGCAGCUGGGUUGUGGUCUUCAAAGCGCUCAUCACCACACACCACCUAAUGAUGUAUGGAAAUGAGCGUUUCAUUCAGUAUCUGGCCUCAAGAAACACGCUCUUCAAUCUGAACAAUUUCCUUGAUAAAGGUGCAUUGCAAGGCUAUGACAUGUCCACGUUCAUCAGGCGGUACAGCAGAUAUCUCAAUGAGAAAGCCCUUUCGUAUAGGCUGGUGGCUGUGGACUUUACCAAGAUGAAGAGAGGUAUUGAUGGAGUCAUGCGUACCAUGAACACAGAGAAGCUGAUCAAAACGUUGCCUAUCAUUCAAAACCAGCUGGAUGCACUGCUGGAUUUCCAGGCUAACCCUAAUGAGCUGACUAACGGAGUGAUCAACGCUGCCUUCAUGUUGCUCUUCAAAGACUCCAUCCGUCUGUUUGCUGCCUAUAAUGAGGGUGUUAUCAACCUGCUGGAGAAAUACUUUGAUAUGAAGAAAAACCAGUGUAAAGAUGCUCUGGACAUCUAUAAGAAGUUUCUGUACAGGAUGACCAAGCUGUCAGAGUUUCUUAAAGUGGCUGAGCAAGUUGGAAUUGAUCAGGGUGACAUCCCAGAUCUCACUCAGGCUCCCAGCAGUCUCCUGGAGGCUCUUGAGCAGCACCUAGCCUCUCUGGAGGGAAAGAAAACCAAGGAGCUCUCCGCUGACAACAGAGCCAACACUCUGUCCAAUGCGGUGUCGUCCCUGUCCAACACGGGCAUGUCCUUCUCCUUCUCAUCCAGCAGGAUGGACGAGAAGGAGAAACAACUGGCCCUGGAGGAGGAGCAAGCCCGUCUGCAAGCUCUCAAGAACCAGCGUCUAAAGGAGAUCAACAUGCAGACGCCCUCCACCUCGCCCAGCACACAGUCUAUGGGUAGUGUCAACAACCACACUGCGGGCAUGGACCUGUUCACCAACACCACAAGCCCACCCUCAACAAACAGCUUGCCAAACCUCACCAGUGACUUGUUUGACCUCCAGCCUGCCUUCGUUCCUGCUGUGCAGAGCACUCCUAUCUCCACCGCCAGCAAUGCCUGGGGAGGUCUAGAAAGCAGCACUCUUCAUCCCAUGGCCUCCAUGACUUCCAUGUCCUCCAUGAAUGUAGAUUUUGAUGCUGUAUUUGGGAGUAAUGCUUCCAAUAGUGAUGUGAAGCCAUCAGCUGGUCAUGAUGCGUUAGGAGACUUGUUGAAGCCCACGGUGAACGUUCAGAGUCAAGCACCAGUCAUGCCCCCUCAUACAGGCAGCAAACUGUUGGCCAAUGACCUGGACUCAUCCCUGGCCAACCUCGUAGGCAACCUGCACUUUGGGGGAAUACCAGGCAAAAAUGUGUUUACAUGCAGGUCUGAUAUGCAGUGGACUCAGCCUGGAGAGAGGAAGCUGACCGGUGGCACUAACUGGCAGUCAAAGACAAUGAGCAGCACCACCGCCUGGAGCCCCGCCCCCAUGCCACCUGCUGCCAUGCCACCUGCCGCCAUGCCCGUGCCACACAUGGCUCCUGCUUCCAUGGCGUUUCCCAUGACAACACCUCAAGUGCCUGUUUAUGGAAUGGUCCCUCCUCAGCUGGGACAGAUGGGAGGGGUUCCAGUAAUGACCCAACAACCCAUGUUGUACAACCAGCCUGUUCUCAGACCCACUAACCCUUUCACCCCCAUCCCUGGAGCCCAGAUGCAGUUCAUGUAAAAGUAGCACUUAAGCAGAGCGCCAAACAAGACGGCUGAAAAGAACAAGCAAGUGAGAGGAGGAUCCGACUACCACCAAAUAAAAGGAGAUCAGGACAAAAAGAAAGAGUGUGCAUAUUGAAAGGAAUGUGUUUGUGUCAAGAAUGUUUACCUCACUGUCUGAAACGGCUUACCUAACACACACACACACAGCCCAGACGAGAGCGCAUAUAGUGUGUCUUUUUUCAUCUCUUGAGGUUAAUUUCUUUCCCGGGGCACAGUGUCUACUGGCAGGUGUGAUACAUCAUAGAAAGCAUAGAUUUUACUGCAGAUAUUAAAUUACCUAACACAGAGCACUCUUCCUUUUUUUUACUUCAUAAUUAAUAUGAAUUAGAUCUAAAGUCCAACACUUUGGACUUCCUGUUACUGUCGUUGUUUGCUCUGUUAUGAAGAUGCCUGUGUUGAGUUCAGGAAAACUGAACAGUACAGGUUACAAGGUUAUAAACAUGUUUAAGUCGCUCGUCAUCACAAUGUCUUGCCUUCUCAUUUCAGAACAAGGAAAGAAUUUGACCUCUUAUAUAAGGUGAUCUGAACCCCCAAGCACUUUACACAUGCGUUUAUGUGUAACGUAGUAUAUAACAUUGAGCUGGUCUCUUAUACCUAGAACAUUAGCAGUCUAAUGUUAAUAAUUAAUGUGUUACUGAUGGCUUCUGUUCAAAAUGGUUAGUCAGUCCUUCUUUGUUUAUACUGGUUAAAGGGUUUCUGUUUCAGACAUGAUGGUGCUCUUGCACAUACAUGCGCACACAAAUUAGUGUCACGUUGAAAAGCCCCUCUCACUGGCCUCCCACCUUGUUUUGUCACUCCAAGGACACUGAUAAACAUAUCUGCUCCUACUCUUCUGUGUUAACCAAACAUGUCAUGCAUUUACAACUACAUCUCACACUCUGAGCUUUCUCCCAAAUGUGCCACCCAUCCUGGGAGCAGGCGACCGGAAGCAUUGGAGAAGGGUACAGGGUGUGUGGCCCAAUUCAAAAAUCAGUUUUUAAUGAGGGUUGUGUUCAAUACUUUGUUUUUUAAUCAUUUUUUUGUUGUCUAGAGCAUGUUACAUUAAAUAUAAAUAUUUUUAUUAUUUCAGAAAAUGACAUGAAUUAAAAUGGGUCUGUUUUAUGUUGCCAAAUUAUGUACGUAUGUGAUUCGAGAGAUGCCAUAAAUUCUUGGAAUUGGACGUGCGUAUCUGUGUUUGCCAACUCUGGAACCAAAAUCAAUAGCUAAAAUCUACUUUUAGUGUGUUUUUGUGCAGUCCCUUAAGAAUACGGGGCACUGUUAACAGGGUAUCUUUAUUUUUGCUUGUGCAGCCAAAGCAUUUUUGGUCCUCUUGAAAUCCCUUUAACCCUUUCUAGAGCAGGUUUCCACUUCAGCCUUCACAUCAUCCCACAAUUCCUGCUUUGUUUCUUCAUGCUAGAUUUAGGGUUUAUUCUGCAUGGACUGAUGGAAGAAAUGCUGUGGUAACAGUUGUGCCAUGAUAAAUGAGCCAUAAGAAGCUAUGGUUUACAAUGGUUUUAAAAUCCUACUGAUUUCAGAGUUUCUACUCCUUGUCGUGCCUAACAAUGCUUUUCAGCCGUUUUAAAAUCACUGUAGACUACAGCUUCAUGGGGAUUAUUGCUUCUUCACUACACAUAGCUGGAAAGGUUUCAUUAUGUAAGCACACACAAAUGCAAAGUUUUAAUCAUUUAUUGGUAACAUAAUAAUCCUUCUAAGCAGUCAGUCUUAGACAUUUGGAGCUCCAUUAGGGUGAAUAAGUCCGAUUUUGACCGUCCAUCAGUUCAUGUGUGCUCUUUGCUUAAGACAUCAUCACAGCAAGUUUCAUGUUGCUUUAAUGUGUGCUUUGUGAUUGCCUGCGCUUCCUUUUGUAGAAACAAUGUGCAUCAUGUUUUUCUGCUUGCUUAUUUAUGUGUGAGUGCAAGAGUCUGUUAAUAAUUCCUUUUUGAGCACAUCUUAAAAAUCUUGUGGGUUUAUUUUCGGAGCACUGUCAGGGGGUCCAGCAGGUUCAGACUGAAAGCUGUUUGCAUGCAGGCUCACUGUUGAUGCUCUCGCUGGGUUUACAAUGGGACCGAUGCUGUUUAAUUAGGAUCUCUUCUAUUAUCCAUUCACAGGAGGCUUUGUGUGUGUGUGUGUGUGUGUGUGUGUGUGUGUGUGUGUGAGAGAGAGAGAGAGAGAGAGAGUAAAUGUACAUUGGUGAGCUUCAGUAAGGAUGAUAGAUCUCAAGAUGUACAAGGGUGCUAUCAUGAGCCGGGGUUUCCAUGGUAAUCUCCAGUUUCUGGUCCUUGGCACAGGUCGAUGAGCACAGUGUUUGCUUCUCUUAGUCACAUUUAGUCUUUUUUAAAAUAUAUUAUUAAAAGCUCUGCAUGCAUUAGCAGCCCUGCCUGCAGUGGAGACUGUCUGAAGUUUCUUUGGCAGCCUCUGAGAGUCGUGCUUUUGGAGAACCUAUAGGCUUGUUGACUUGUUUCUCUGGCUACGGGUCAUUAAUGCUUUUUCUCUGACACACCAAAGGCUUUUCAUUACUUUGUUUUGCUGAGUUGAGGCGUUCAAUAAGCCAACUAUCUUUUUUUAUUUAGAAUCCCUGAUAUUUGUAGAAACCCAAGUCCCUAUGUUCUUUCUCUUACAGCUCCCUCUUGUGGUUGCAGUGUCAUCUUUCAUAUAAACAGCUGCUAGUUGGUCCUUUGUUUGCUGUUUUGGGGCAAAUGUCUUCAUGUAUUGGACUCACCGCUCUACAAUCAACCUUUAUUUAAUUGCACCCGGCCAGACUCCAGUGUACCUCUGAACUACUUAACAUGAUUUUAUACAUUUCGUCUUGGCUUAGCAGGAGCCUUUCAGAACCAGUGUGCCAGCGUGUGCCACACGUCUCAGACCUCUGUUGGGGAUGCUUGGUGUUCAGGCCCCUUUCACCAUUAUGCUGUCAUAGAGCUGUCUUAGCUUCUCCUGCUUUAAUGGUUUUGUUUUAGGUGAGCUAUCUGUCUGCUACAUUCUUAUUAGCAUAUCUUUGUCUUUAUUUUCCUGUUGCAAAGAUAUAUGCAGUAUGUUCAGAAAUCUGUAUUCCGUAUGUAUCAGCCCAGGGCAGCAAUGCAGCAACUUUUAAAAAGAAUCAGUUUAUCAUCAAAUGCCUAAAAAAGAGAACACACAACCUCCAUGUUUGUUCGUUUCCCCACUGUGUUUUUUGUAAUUUAUUUAUGCAGACCAUAAGGAGUUUAUUCGGCAUGGUGAAAAUAAAAAGCAGAAACUGUGGGAUUGUUUAAUAUAUAUAUAUAUUUUGUCUUCCAUUUUUGUUUGCAUUUCAUUCACAUAAAUAAAGUCCCUUUUCAUUCA